GGGUGUUGAGUAUUGAGCUGAGUCAAGGGAGGGAGUGUUUGCGGCUCGUUAUUACACACGGAUGUGCUGAACUGACCGUGACAACCAUCCAAAAACACGCAACCCGACCCAAAGAGUGUGUCCAGAGCUGAUCAGAGACGGCGGAGGUGUCGAGUUUGGUUGUUUUUGUUGUAUGACAGCAGAAGAUUGUUGCGCCGACGGUGGGAUUUCUCCUUGGAAAGCACAGUUUAGUCCACAAGGAUGGCUUCUCGUAAGAAGGUGCUCCUGAAGGUGAUCAUUCUCGGGGAUUCUGGUGUUGGGAAGACCUCUCUGAUGAACCAAUAUGUCAAUAAGAAGUUCAGCAAUCAGUAUAAAGCCACUAUCGGUGCAGAUUUUCUUACAAAGGAGGUGAUGGUUGAUGACAGGCUGGUGACAAUGCAGAUUUGGGACACGGCAGGACAGGAGCGCUUCCAGUCUUUGGGUGUGGCUUUUUACCGUGGAGCGGACUGCUGUGUGCUGGUGUAUGAUGUCACAGCGCCCAACACCUUCAAAACCCUGGACAGCUGGAGGGACGAGUUCCUCAUUCAGGCCAGCCCACGAGACCCAGAGAACUUCCCGUUUGUAGUGCUUGGCAACAAAAUCGACUUGGAGAACAGACAGGUGACAACGAAACGAGCCCAGGCGUGGUGUCAGAGCAAAAGCAAUAUCCCGUACUUUGAGACCAGCGCAAAAGAGGCCAUCAACGUGGACCAAGCUUUCCAAACGAUCGCUCGCAACGCCCUCAAACAGGAGUCUGAGGUGGAGACAUACGACUUCCCGGACCAGAUAAAACUGAGAGAUGACAGACCCGUGUCCUCCGGUGACAGCUGCAGCUGCUGAGAUGGGACGCAAGGAGACCGAGGGGACCAGAGACGCAGGGGAGAGCCAGCGCGGGGCAAACCGAUCCCGCGUUCAGAAGAAAACACUCUUUUUCCAAACUUGUAUGUAAAGAACUGUUAGGAAUUUAUAGACGCUCCCUGUCACAGUAUCAGUUUUAAUAUAACUACCUUUAAGGAUAUUAUUUCUAUGAGAAAGAGAUGAAACAUGAUAGUUAUUCUAUUAUUUACAAAUUAUUUUUUUUUCUUUUUGCAUCUUGUUUUUUUUCUAUAGUGUAUUCUUUCAUCCAUGCAGAAUAUAGUCUUUCAGACUCGUCUCCUGCUUAUAUGUCUGUCCGUGCCUUUUUUUUUUUUUAGGAUUUAGUAGCAGUCACACUUCCUUGUAAUUCCUUUUUUUUUUGCCAAAUUCUUUAAUAUGUUAACCUUAAUCGAUUCUUUAACUAAACAAUUUACACGCACACACCGAAUAAACAGCCCAACAUUUAAUGAUAUCAGCAUGGUUUAAGAGUUUAUCAGCUGCCAAGGCCAGAAAGAAAAAAGUUUGUGCCUAAAGAUGCUCACAUACACGGUACCUUCUUCGGUAUAGGAAGGCUGCAUGCCUUGGUGGUGGUGUCGACUGUCGAAUGAAUGUUUUGAGGAUCUGGGAGCUCAGAAAAGUAUUAAGUGCAAUCAUUUUAACCAUGCAACAUGUUUUCUUUCACUUGAAUGAAAGCGUUUCCCCAGUUUUAGUGUAUGAAUGUAACACAUUAAUGACUAAUGUCUUGACCUCAUGCUGUUUCAUUUCUUGGUUUACAGCUUAUUUUUACAUUUCAAUGUUCAUAUAGUAGACAUUUCUAACGGCUCAUCUCAUUGACCAAAUUAUGGGUAUGAAUCAUGUAGGUCAAUAAAGGCACAAAAUGUGAAGGAAAGCAGAAAUCAGAGUCCUGUCAACCCUUGAAUCCAUGUGAUUUUUUUUUUUUUACGUCUUUAUUUCAAAUAACCAGUAUUGUAGGUGAUUUUGUUUAAAACCUUAGGCUGCAUCUAAAAUUGCAUACUCUUAAAUAGGUACUUAUUUUGAAUAUGUAAUUACUUAACGACUUCUAAAAAAAAAAGUACAUUCUAUACUACAUUCGCCAUAUUGUCAUGUGACCUACCAGCGUCGCUUCACUGCCAUUCACAAAUCCUUUCCCAUGGCCUCACGGGAUAGUAAAGUGUCCAUCUUAUGCAGACUUAAGUAUCUCGCCAGAAGUAGGAGGUCAUCCGGGUACUUUUUGCCUACUCUGAAUUCGGACAUACUUCUUUUGUCACAUACUGUUUUUCGCCUACUAUAUAGUUGGGAAGUAUGCGAUUUUGGACGCAGCCUAAGUGAUGUCUGCAAAUAAAAACCAACAUCUGUCCCUCUUUUAUAAAACAAGACCUUUCCUAGAACACUGUUAAAUCAUCUCUCGGUAUUGUUUUCUCAACAAUGCUCCAAUAAUAAAUCUUUAUUCAAAUGA